AUGAAGAAAACACGCAGUGGUCCGGCCGCCGCCGCCGCCGCCGCCAUCCCUGACGCGUGGGAGGACGACGACUGGGAAACGCAGGCCGAUAAGGCUGCCACGCAAGACGACGCCUCGAAUCACGACGCCGAGGACAAUGCCCCCGGUGGUGCCCCCCUCACCAAGACGGAGCGUCUUGCGCAGCACGCGGAGGCGAACCGGAAGCUCUGGGAGUCGGCCGAGACGCCCCAGCAAACAUUCCAUUACCUCGAGGCAAGCAACAAGGUGCCGCUCACGUCCUCGUUCAAGCCGCAGGUCAAGGUCCUCAGCCGCAAGCCCGUCAUCGCGCGGCGCGGCGACCCCGCCACGGGCAUGGCUCAGUUGUCCGUCAACGACGACGACGACGACAACGACCCCGAGGGCAAGAAGGAGGUCCAGCUGACGCCCGAGGAGAUCCGCGCCAAGCAGAAGCGCGAUCGCGAGGAGAAGCAGCGCAGGUACGACGAGGCGAGGGCCAAGAUCUUUGGCGAGUCGGCCCCCUCGUCGCGCGGCUCCUCGCCCGGCACCGGCACCACCACGCCCCCGCGGCUGGAAGGCGGCAGGCAUCCCGGGCAGGGUCGUGGCCGUGGGCGGGGGGGCGGCCCAGGACGGGCCGGGGCCGGGGGUGCGGGCGUCGAGAGCCGUCAGACACAGGAUCUGCGGCGGAACACUCCUGCUACUCAGAAUGGGCCGGCGACUCGAGAGCUGUACGACCCCAACCACGCUACCAGGCCCGAUCCUGGGCCGUCACGACGAGUGAUCGGCACGGACGGAGAGUUGGUCACAACGAGGAGCCCGCCGCCCAAGGAUGAUGUGUAUCAACCAAUUCGUGCACCACGUGGGCCAGACAGCAGCGGGCGAGGCUUUGGGUUUGCGCGGCGAGGCACCAGAGGAGGAAGCUGA